AUGGAAUUAGCGUUGGGCAAAGAAAUCCCAAAAGAAGUAGAGAUGCUCUCGACCGAGUGUUGUUACCAUUUCUUCGGCUGUCAGUGGAUCCGGAGAAAAUUUGUUGAAGAAGAGCUAACAAGACUUCGAGGCGGUCAUCCUCAAGAGGAGUCUGAAGCAGAGAAGACCAUUUCGAUUGAUGAUGUCCUUUUCGAACUACCCAAUUACUUAACGAAAUAUCACAGUCGAAAGACCGAAGACAUGCUAUCAAAUCAAAUGCUCUGUGGUAUCCCAGAAGUGGAUCUUGGACUGGAAGCAAAGAUAAAAAAUAUCGAAGAGACAGAAAUAGCGAAAGUGAAGUUGCUGAAAGAAGCGAUGCAGAAAAAGAAAACAGUCGAAGAAACAAUAACCGCGCGGGAGAACAUUCUCAAGGACCUGGCGAAAGGAUAUGUGCAGCAUGCUAUCUUUGAUAUCGACGGAGCUAUCAAUAGCGGAACUGAUCUGAUCAAAAGACUUGAAGGGUGUGGCGCUGAUGAAGGCAUAAGCGUUUCAACGUCGAAAUUCGAAGUCAGUGAUGAAUACCCCCCGCCACCUUGUCCAGCCCCCAACUGGCCGUUAGCAGCUACCUCGCUGAAGCCGACCGACCACGAAUGCUUGAGUCGGUUCAAAGAAAAGUUUGCGAAAAACAACUGA